AUGGUCCUUUGGCAUCCCCCCGAUGCCCCAUGGGUGAAGCUGAAUACAGAUGGUGCCUUCUCAUCAGCAACUUUGGAGGCGGGAGAGGGAGGACUGGUUCGUGGUACUGAUGGAGGACUUCUGUGGGCCUUCUGUUCUCCGGUGGAUGCAUCUUCGAGCUUUGAGGCGGAGCUUAUGGCUCUCAUUCGAGGUUUGGAGAUGGCCAUGGAGUUUUCUAUACACAUUUGGGUAGAGCUUGAUUCAGCGGCUCUGGUUACUUUACUCACAUCUGGACGGCCUGGUUCUGCCGAUCUUAGACAUCAUAUGGCUUUGAUCCGGAGGAUGACAUCUCAGCGGCAGGUUCGAUUCUCACACAUCUACAGAGAAGGAAACCGUGCUGUCGACUUUCUUGCAGGUAGGGGGGUUCAGACCCCUACUAUGGUAUAUUAUGAUUCUGUCUCUGCGCUUCAAUACCUGAAGGCGCUUGUUAGGAUGGACCAGCUGGGAUAUCCUAACUUCCGUUUCCGAUGCAGAGAUGUGGACUGA